GAACCCAAUAUAUACGAGAAUAAAUACAAAAGCAAUAAAAAUAACAAAACAAGAUGAAAACAUCUCGAUUGAUAACGAUAUCUUUCUUGCUCAUGGCCAUAACAACAUCAUGUGGCGUUCUUGGUGAAGGCACCGACGUAGUUUAUGAUGCGGAUGCGCAGCCGGUUAUGGCCAACGUUCCUUAUUACAUCAGCUUCAUGACGUACGAGUACAAGAUGUGGAUUUGCCGUGUGAAUAUGGGAUCUAAUGAUCCCAAGUCAUGCCCACAACAACCGGUAAUGAUCACAAAUUCACCUAUAGAUCUUCCCACGCAAGUUAUGUUUCUAUUACCAGCAUCAGCACCAAAUAACACCGUACACGAAUCAACUGAACUCAACAUUAAGUUCAUUAAUCCUGGUCGAUGUGGUGAAUCCGGGUUCUGGAGAAUUGUUCAGAAUAGCACAACUUUAGAUGGUGAAGUUGUCUUGAACGGAUAUAAGUCAAGCAAAGACAGUAAGUUCUUUAUACAUAAAGCCAAUGAAUAUUACAAGUUUACUGCCGGAGACAACGACAAUGUUGAUCCAAUCACUAUCAGUCUAUCUAACGAACCAGUUGGUAGACAAAAGUUGUUGGCUAAGAGGUUUGCUGGAGAGAUGGAGGUUUAUUUCUACCGGAAUAUGCCUAAGGAAUAAGUUUAGUUUAUUUUUAUGUAAUGUAACGUUUUCAUUUCAAAAGAAAAUAAGAUUUUGUUGUAUAACAUGAUGUAUAC